CGAGCGUCGCCGGACGACGACGGCGGCAAGCAUACAAAACAUAAAACAGAAAUUAAGACAUCAAGUUAACUUAUUACUCAGACAACUUCUGGCGAAGGCGCGUGCGUAGACAACAUAAGUUUUCGUUUUAAAAUGCAAAUAUUAUUGUCAACAAAAUAUGAACACACUCCCGAUCAGUUGGAAAAAAUUCAGGAAUUACGCGAUUUAGUGGAAACUUCAAAUGACCUUGAAAUCGGUACCGACGAUGUGUUCCUAACGAAAUUUCUUAGUUUCGCUAGUUGGCAGGUAAAACGUGCCUAUGAUGCGAUUAAUCGGUAUUAUGACUUCAAGCAGAAAAACCCCGACUGGUUGGCGAACCACCCGGUACACUACUUUCGUGACCAUAUCUAUCAAACGCUCAGCAAGUAUAUAAUGCCGAGGCCGGACAAGGAUGGUCGUGUGAUAUUCGUCUCGAAAACAGUCGAUGCCUUCAAGACAUUUCCUAAUUACCUGUAUGAUAUGAUCGAGAUGGAUGACUUGAUUUUCGAAUCGAUUUUACUACUGCCACAGGCGCAAAAAUAUGGCAUCACUGUCAUAAGCGACUUGAGUGGCACUAAUAAGCGCUUUUUGCGUUUUGCUUCACCUGCCAUGGCAAAAAUGGUGAAUGCCAAAAAUGAUGUAUUGCCAUUUGUAUCACGGAUUGUUCAUGUCAUUCAGAAAGGCAUGGUUUUGAACGCCACAACCAACUUAAUGAUGUCCUUCGCCAGCAAAGAGUUCAAGGAACGAAUACAUAUCCACGAUGGCAAAAAUUUCGACAAACUGCGAAACAUGGUCGGCUACGAGAAUUUACCAGCUGAGUAUGGCGGUCCUAAGGAAAACGAACUGGACGUGAACAUUUUGUAUGAACACUUGUUGCGGCACUCGGACUAUCUUUUGAAAUUACAAAACUACAGACGGAAAAUCUCAGCCUAAAUUUGUGUUAGCUUAUAGACGUCAAGAAUAAAAUAUGUACAUACAUAUGUAUUAUAUAGUAGGUAGUUGUGAAUACAUUAUGAUCCAAAAGUUUUAUAAA